AUGAAUGUGUCCAAAACUCUCUAUGUCAGCAGUGAACCAAUUCAAGUCUCUUGGAUACCUGUACCACAAUGGUGUAAAGAUGAUUUUGUUGGUGUUCUCUAUACGGAAGUUUCGGAUCAAAGUCCAUGUGAUUAUUUUGACUAUGAAUUUCUUCAAAGAAAUCAAAGUAAUACUUUUUGGUAUAUGACAAAUCUUUGUCGUUCAUUAGAUUUUCGUUACUAUUCACGGCAACCGAAAUGCACUGGUAAUUACACACUUAUUGCAAAGUCACCCAUCGUUCAACCAAACAAUUAUAACGAGCCAACGCAUAUUCAUAUUGCUUAA